AUGGGAGCUUCUUCUAAGCAGGAUCGAUUGAAGGAUGUGAAGGUUAAGCCUCCUGAUAAAGGUACGGUGGGACGAUUUGUGCGAACUAAGGUUGAUUUAAGCGAUGUUAUUCCUCCUGGGGUUGUUGAUCAGUCUUCGGCUACUAUCUAUCGUACUCGACGAAAAUCAAGUGCUACUGGAGCUGUUGUGUCGGGUAUUGGGAAAGCGGAGUGGAAAUUGGAGGGUUUGCAUAAAGCUAGGAAACCUAAUCGGGGCGAUUCUCUUCUCAGAACUCCCAUGGAUGCUGAGGAUUACUAUGUGGAUGAUGUUACAGAAGAAGAAAGGGAGGAUGCUUCGGAAUCUGAUGGUGUGUGGGAAUCCGAUUCUAGUGCUUCUAAGGUUGCUUGUCAAGCUUCGAUCAAGGGUUCUAGUUCCAAUGUUAUGGAUGAAGUGACCAAGGUUUUGCCUCCGAUCAUUCUAGAGGAUUCUAUUCCUUCCGGUAACACUGCAAAUUUAUCUAAGAAUUGGGAAAUUCCUAAGGAUGCGGUUGUGUUUUCUAGCCCUAAUUCUGAUGUUAAUCAUGUGAAGAGUCAUAUGAUUAAUGUUAGUCCUCCUAUUGCUGUUAGUAUUGAUUCUUCGCCUGAGAUGAAUAAGAAUGGUGUUCAGGUUGAGGUUAUUGGUAUUUCUGUAAAGAGUAAGGAGAUGAAUGAAGAGGAAAAAGGGACAGAUGAUACAGAGAAUGAGUUUAUACCUGGUAUUGGGUUUAAAUUUCUAAGUGAUGAGACUAUGGAAAGGGAGAAUUUAGUUGAGAAUAAUGGUGAUUUAGAUUAUCUGAAUAAAUCUUAUAAAUGGGAUGAUAGUGGUAAUUUGGUGGUUGAUUCUGAUGUUUAUUUGAGUAAAGAAGAAGGGGAGAUCAAGGAUAAUGGUCCACAAAAUUUAAGCUCUUAUAUGCAUUUGUCUUUGAAGAAGACUGUCACGGUUAUUAAUAACAUCAACCUGGAGCCUUCUAUUCUAGGUGAUGCUAGUAAGGGAAGGCAGGAUAUGGAUGCUUCUAAUUAUGAAGGAGAGAAAAUUUUGAUUGAUGUUACGGAUAAAGUUGAUUCUGGUCAGAAGAUAUCAUAUGCUGGAGCUCUAAAUGGUAGAACUCAUAAACGGAAGUUGCAAGUUAAGUUUAUUCCUCCGAUUGAUGGAUCUGAUGAGGGGCUUGUUGUUUUGCCAAUUGAUAAUCUGAAGAAGGCUAGUAUUCCUUUUAUGAAUACCUUGUAUGGUUAUUUGCUUGACAAGAAGAUUGGGUUUCCAGUGAUUAGUGCAGAAGUUAGGAAAAUGUGGAAGAAUAUGGGUCUUGAAGAUGUUUUCAUGAAUAGUAAAGGUUUCUUAUUCUUUAAAUUCAACUCAGAACAAGGAAUGAGGCAGAUAUUAGAUAAUAGCCCUUGGAUUAUUCUCAAUAAAUAUCCCUUGUUUAUUCAGCGGUGGCGACCGGGGUUGGCUCUCACUAAGGAAUCCCAUAAAAGUGUUCCUGUUUGGAUCAAGAUUUUUGAUCUUCCAUUGGAAGCGUGGAGUGCUGAGAAUCUUUGCAUCAUUGCUACUGUUAUUCAAAAUUUUGUUGUUGAAUAUGCGUGGCGACCUUCGCGUUGUUCCUCCUGUAAAGUAUAUGGGCAUGAUGAUUCUAUCUGUUUGGCUGUUAUAAAUGGGAAAAAUGCUGCUGUCAAGAGUGAUAUUCAGGAUGUGAUUGAUAAAGAUGGUGAGGGGUACACUAUGGUUACGAAAAAAGCUGGAAAUGUAGGGACUGCUGCUGUGAAGGGGUACGGUACAGGUGAUGUUCAGGCCAAUGUCUCUAGAACCAAAGGUAGUAAUUGGAAUGGUGCGAAUAACAAAAGAGGAAGCUAUAAUAGUGGUAACAAGGGUAAUAAAGGCUGGAAUAACAGAAGUCAUAGUGGGAAUUGGAAUAGGGGGAGUGUUAGCCAUUGGAAUCAUCAAAAGAACCAGGAGUUUGUUGCUGCUAAUAAUAAACCUUUCGUUGUAGAUAAGCAGGGGAAUAAUGGGAAAGAGAGUGUGGAUUCUGGGAAAAAAGAGGAAAAAGUGAAGAAGGGAAAGGGUAUGAAGGGUAGCCAAAAGGAGAACAAUUUUGUUAAUACAGUGAAUCGUUUUGCUGUUUUAAGUGAUAUUACUAAUGAAAUUGUGGACAGGUUAGAGGAUGAUUUCAUGAGCCAGCGAGUUGAUUCUUUUAAGUCUGAUUCUGGUGGGCUGGAAAAUUCAAUUCAUAUUGAUCCAGGUCCGAGUUAUGUUAAUUCUCAUGGGGUUAAUUAUGUUAUUAACUCCAAAGGAGAUUCUAAAAUGAAGAAGUUACCCUCUGAAGUUAGUAAUAAUAAGUUGGAGGGUGAGGGAAUGGAAUGUUCUAAUCAGGUUCGUGAUGGGAUUAGUCCAAAAAAUAUGGUUAUCUCUCAUGAUGUGUGA